CCUUUGGGUGUGUGUUUCCCUCCCUGCACCUUCCAACGUCUCCAUCUCCUCCUACACAUGGAGCACACACUCCGCUUCCUGCCUGGCCUCGACACUCCCUCUGACACCAACUUCACUGUUCAAACCUUCAGCCCCAGAAGGAACGUAUGGAGACCAGUGGCUGCUUGUUCGGAGCUGACGGCCGGUCAGCCGUGUAACCUAACACGAACGUUCAAGGACCCAUUCGUCCGCUACAGAGCCCGCGUCCAGGCCUUCAACGCCACCCAGACGUCCCCGUGGACCGUGUCUGGCCAGUUCCAGCCGCUGUCGGACACUGUUCUGGGACCUCCGGCCGUGUCGGUGUCCGGCUGUGGGAACUGUCUGCUCCUGCACAUAAGAGGUCCAACAUGGGGGCAGCUGAAAGACUUCUACAGAGAACUCAUCCUCCAUGUGCAAAGGACAAGGGAUGGUGUGCAGUUCACGCUGCGGGUGCCGUACCAGGAGGAGCACGUGAUCGCGUACCUGCAGCCGGGGGUGGAGUACUGCGUGAGCGUCUCCGUGAUAUCGCUCUACAACACCAACACUGUCCCCAGUCCGCCUUACUGCGCCUUCACCAGCCCUCCUCCGUCCAGGAGCUCCCUGUACGUGGUCUUCAGCCUGCUGGCGGCUUUCUGUGCCCUGGGCUUCCUCGUCAUUGGACUGGUCAUCUACGGCGCUCAGCAGAGCUUUGAAUGAC